CCCAGUGAUGUCACAGGAUAUACAUUUCAAGCCUCUCCUCACUGAACACUGAGCACUCAGAGAGUGAAGAAGCACUGUCUGUAGAGAUUUGUAUAGUUAGGACGUGACCUCUGAUCGGUACUCAUGGGGGUCAAAACUAUCUUGUUUUCCAUUAUCCUUCUGCAUGCAUGCACGGCCACCUUUAACGAGAGCUCUGUAAACAGCUUUGAACAGACUAAUGAGCAAGUUGAUGACAAGUCUUCAACCCAGACGUCUGAUGAGCUCAGUUCAGGCUUACCAGCUGGAUCUGGACGCAACUUCUCUGUUAUGACAGAGACCUAUGAGACAAUAGAAAAUGAUUCCUUUUCGGAUGGGAAGCUGUAUGGAAAUUAUUCCAGAGACUAUGUUGGAGGCUAUCCUCUACAUUAUUCCAAAAACUUUUCCAUAUUCCCAUUCAUUAUCGAUUCCAUACGAGUGUUUUCAGAUCCAAUCAUUAUCCAUAUUCUUGAAGACCAGCCAUGUAACAGCACGGAUCUGAAUGUGGUGGAUUGCAACAAGACUACACAGCACACAUACAACAUUUCAGAAAAGUCUGUCGACUUCCUCAAAGGCCUGCUUGUCACACGCAUCAUGCCCUCCUUCUACAUCAUCAUCAUCCUCAUUAGUUUGCCCCUUAACACUUUGGCCUUCAUAGCGUUCACCUGUUUGAUUCGAGAGAAGAAACCAGCAAUGAUCUACAUGUCUCACCUGGCGUGUGUGGACCUGCUCUUCACCCUGCUGCUGCCUCUGAAGAUCCACUACCAGCUGAACGCUUCAGAUUGGGUGUUUGGUGAGGCGGUGUGUCGUGUGCUCAGUGCAGCUUACUACUGCUACAUGUACUGCUCCAUACUGCUGAUGAUGUGCAUGAGUGUGGACAGGCUGCUGGCUGUGGUGUUUCCCAUUGCCUCUCUGACCUGGAGGAGCACAAGGAAAGCCACAUGUGUGUGUGUGCUGGUCUGGCUGCUGGCGCUCGCUGGUACAGUGCCACUUCUCUCCAUAACACAAACAUUCAAGAUAAACUAUGUGGGCAUCACCUGCCAUGAUGUGCUGUAUCACACACAGGUGUAUGCAUACCUGUUCUCCAUCCUCUCCUGCCUCUACUUUCUCUUGCCUCUGAUCAUCACCAUAGUGAGUUACUCUACCAUCAUAUAUGUGCUCACUACAAAGAAUGAUCACUUGGCAACAUCAUACACAAACAAGCGAAGUAGAGCUGUGAUUAUGGCUAUAGCUGUGCUGAUGGAGUUUGUAAUGUGCUUUGCACCAACAAAUGGCAUCUUGUUGUACCACUGUGUUCGUUUAGCCACUGGAGGCAGCAGUGAGGAGGGGAAAUACUAUCUGAUGGCUGUGUGUUUGGGGAGCGCAAGUGUUUUUUUGGACCCUCUGUUAUAUUACUAUGGCUCGUCUCAAUGCAGACAGCAGAUCAGCUCUCUGAUCUGGUGGAGGAAGACAAAAAGCUCAACCACACCAUCAAACACAAACAGUCAAACAAAAUCCUCUAACCUGAGCUACGAGUACACCCAGUCUCACAUUAAGGUGUGAAAUGAUGGUUAUUGUUUUGUACUAAAGAUACAUUUAUAAAUUCAUAGUCUGUGGUAGUUUAAAAUUACUGGAAUGAUGUUUGUUUUUAAUGUUGGUCUUUGCAUGUACAUAGAUAUAAAUAGCAUAUAGCAUGUAUACAAUCAUGUUGCACACCUAAAGCUUGAAAACAUUGUAUUUUUAACACAACAAUUGAAAUGCAUUUAGUUUGUAUCUCAAAAAUGAAGGUGCCUGUAAAAUUAGCAUGGCAAUCAGUCAUGAUUUUUGUUGCAAUGUGCGUUCUGUAGCAAUGCUGAUAAGUGUAAUUUCCCCGUUUAUAAUCUGCUGUACUUAAAAUAUGUACUGUAUAAAUGUGAGGACAAAAGAGUUAAAAAUUAAAUGUAAAUUCUCAUUUCAUAAAUAUCAUACAUUAGAACAGUCAACAAAAAUGCAGUGAAUCUAGUGUAAUAUUUACUUACCGAGGGAUAUGAUUGGAUGAACAUUUUAAAGUCCUUUCGAAGACGUUAUUUUUGUUUACUUGUUAUUUUUGUUUGUAAAAUUACAGUUGAACCACUGAUGUC